AUGAGUUUAAUCAAAAAAAUUUUUUAUCCAAACAUAAUACCAAAAAUAAAAAAUAGAAUAGAGUGUUACAAUAUUAAUCAUAAUAUAAAAAAUGCAUUAGUAUCAGAUACAGGUCUUCUAAGUAUUCAUUUUUGGGCUCCCACAUUUAAAUGGUCUAUAUCAUUAGCUAAUCUAGCUGAAAUAAAUAGAGAUGCAAAUAUACUAUCAUUGCCUCAACAAUUUGCUAUAUUUUUUACUGGGUUGCUCUUCUCCAGAUUUGCGUAUGUUGUAAAACCACGAAAUUACAAUUUAUUGACAAUUAACUUAUUUAUGAGUUUAACAGCGUUAUAUCAAAUUACACGUAUUGCAAAUUGUAAAUAUAACUUAAAAAUGAAAGAUAAAAUUAAUAAUCCUAUAAGUAAGAAUUAA